AUGGCUAUGGCGCUCCACGACGGGCGCGGUCAGGGCCACCCGGCGGGCGCGGCGAACACGGGCGUGGCCAUGGUGCUCCACGACGGCGGCGCGGCCAGGGCCUCCUCGCGGGCGUCCCGAGCUCGGGCGCGGCCAGGGCCUCUAGCGGUCGCCACGAGCACGGAAGCACGGGCACGGCCAUGGCGCUCCACCACGGCGCACACAAGUUACCGAUCGAACUUGUCGGAUCCAAGCGCUGUAGAGGGCUGGGGCAACGCGGCGAGGUGGAGUUCAUCCAUGAAGGCAGGCAUGGCAUCCAGGCAUUGUAGAGAUCAGGGAGGAAGGAAGAGGAAGGAAAAGAAAGGGCGGCGAGGGGAGCUCCAGCGGCUAGCCACGACGGCCAUGUCUCGGAUGACCAGCAAGGGCAUCGAGCUGUGCCGGCGGCGUGCAGGAAGAAAUGCCCAUCACCUCUCGUCACCCAUUGCUGAUCUUGCUUGCCGUUGUGGCCGCUACCGCGAUCAUCGUGGCCAUCAGUGUGGUUGUAGUGUUGUACCACAAAAGGAACAAGAGGAAGAAGAACAGGGAGCUCAGCGACGCCGGGUCAAGCGGUGGAACCCGUCACCGGAGCAGAGCAUGCACGAGGUCCAGGCGAAGAUCGAGGCGCUGUCCAAGCUGCAGCACCCGCACCUUGUCUCCCUCAUUGGCUUUUGUCUGUUUAAGAAGGAGAUGAUCCUCGUGUGGGAAUACAUGGAGCACGGCACGCUUCGGGAGCACCUGUACAACAACAGCGGCAAGCCGGUGCUAUCAUGUUCAUGGCGGCACCGCCUCCACAUGUGCAUCGGUGCCGCGCGGGGCUUGCACUACCUCCACACCGGCGGCAUCAUCCACCGGAACGUCAAGACCACCACCAUCCUCAUCGACAAGAAUUGGGUCGCCAAGGUGUCGGACUUCGGCUUCCCCAAGUCCGCCCUGACCAGGGCGAGCCAAAUGCACCUCAGCACCAGUCAUGUCAACGGGAGCUACGGAUACACUGACCCGGAGUAUUUUUGUCGGGAGCAGCUCACUGACAAGUCAGACGUCUACUCCUUCGGCGUCAUGCUCUUCGAGGUGCUUAUGGCAAGGACGGCGCUGAACCCGGCGCUGCCAAGUGACCAGGUCAGCCUCGCCAAUUACGCGCUUGCCUGCCAGCGGAACGGCACCCUGCCGGACGCCGUCGACCCGGUGAUCAAGGACGAGAUCACGCCAGAAUGCCUCAAGAAAUUCGCCGAGACGGCCGUGAAGUGCCUCGCUGACCAAGGCAUGGAGCGGCCUACCAUGGGGGGCGUGUUGUCCAACCUAGAGCUGGCGAUGCAGCUGCUUAAUUCCAUGCCGAUGCAAAAUAAACCACUGAUACAACAAAAUCAUAUGUUGUAUGUGUAG